AAAAAUAAAAAGUAAAAACAAAAAAUAUGAUAUCAUAUGAUUAGAGUAUCUAAUGAUAUUUAAGACACAAGUGGUACAUUUAUUAAAAAUUGGACCACCCUAAGCCCCUCAUUAAACUAUAUACGGAGUAAUGGAGCCACGUCUUUAUAGUUAAGACAAAAUUAAUUCCAGCUUUUAUUUUCUUCAUUUUCCGCUCCAAACUUCCCAUUGUUUUGCGAAAAAACCUGAAACUUAACAUCAUUUUUCAUCAUCUUUAUAAAAAAAAAAAAAAAAAAAAAAAAAAGUAAAAUUAAUUUCAGUGUUAGUGUGUUUCUACUACCACUAGCUAAAGUCACUUUCAUCAUCCAAAUCUAUGGCUUUUCCUCCAUUCUCUCUCCUCUCAAAUCUUCUUCUUCUACUUUUAUCUUAAUUUCUGUAUAUUCAAUUUCAAUUGAAUUUCAUAUACUUUUCGAUUUCAGCUAUUUUUUUUUCCAGAUCUUCAACAAAUUUCUGCUAUACUAUACUACAAAAAUGGCGGAUACUAAUAAUAAUAAUCAUGUUGUUAACAAUCAUAAUGAUAAUCACAAUAAUAAUAAUAGAAGAAGUAUGUCAGAUGAAAUCCUGGAAUGCAUCCUACCAUAUAUCGAAGAUUCCCGCGAUCGAUCUUCAGUAUCAGCAGUGUGUAGAAAAUGGUAUGAGCUAGAUCGAUUAACGAGAAAACACGUAACGAUUGCUCUGUGCUACACAACAACGCCGCAACAACUCCUUGAUCGAUUUCCGAACAUCGAAUCGUUGAAGCUGAAAGGAAAACCACGAGCUUCAAUGUAUAAUUUGAUUCCAGAUGAUUGGGGAGGUUAUGUGGGUCCAUGGGUUCAGAUUUUGGCUAGCUUUCCUCGUCUUAAUAAGCUUCAUUUUAGGCGUAUGAUUGUUAAGGAUUCAGAUCUUCAGCUUAUUGCUACUGUUAAAAAUCGUAAUUUAAUUUCCUUGAAGUUGGAUAAGUGUUCUGGCUUUUCUACUGAUGGUUUAUUGCAUAUUUCUCACUCUUGCAGGAACCUGAAAACACUGUUUCUGGAAGACAGUGGUGUCGAUGAAAUCAACGGUGAAUGGUUUCACCAGCUUGCUCAACACAGCACAGCUCUUGAAACUUUGAACUUCUAUAUGACUUUUUUGGAGCAAAUCAAGGUUCAAGAUCUAGAACUUCUUGCCAGUAAAUGUCCUUUAGUCUCUGUGAAAAUUGGAGAUACUGAUCUUGUCCAUCUUGGAAGCUUUUUCCGUACAGCGACAAGAUUGCAAGAAUUUUCUGGUGGAUCAUAUAAUGAAGAUUUAGACCAGUAUGCUAACAUUGUAUUUCCGGCUAAAUUGACCUCAUUGGGUCCCAUGUACUUGGUGGAAAGUCAUUUGUCUGUAUAUUAUCCAAUUGCGCACUUGUUGCUGAGGUUGGAUCUUGUUUACGCAUCACUUAAUAGUGAGGGGCACUGUGACCUGAUACGUAGAUGUCAAAAUUUAGAAGUUCUGGAGACAACAAAUGUUAUUGGUGAUCAGGGUCUGGAGGUUGUAUCUUUGACGUGCAAGAGACUGAAGAGACUUCGUAUAGAACGAGGGGCAGAUGACCAAGGAUUAGAUGCUGAACUAGUUACACAGAAGGGAUUAAUUGCUGUAGCACAGGGAUGCCCUGACCUGGAAUACCUAGCGGUUUAUGUGAUUGACAUAACAAAUGAAGCCUUGGAAUGUGUAGGUGCAAACUUGAUAAAUCUGACUGAUUUCCGACUUGUAUUACUUGACAGAGAAGAAACGAUAACUGAUUUGCCACUCGAUAAAGGAGUCCGGGCUCUUCUACAGGGUUGUAAAAACAUGCAACGCUUUGCAUUGUACCUCCGACAGGGAGGUUUGACUGACACUGGUCUUGGUUACAUUGGUCAGUUCAGUCAAAAUGUGAGGUGGAUGCUUCUAGGUUAUGUGGGGGAAACUGAUGCAGGGCUACUAGAAUUCUCUCUGGGCUGCCCUAGCCUUCAGAAGCUUGAAAUGAGGGCUUGUUGCUUUACAGAACAUGCACUUGCUACUGCUGCAACAAGACUGACUUCUUUGAGGUACAUGUGGGUCCAAGGAUACCGAGCAUCUCAAACAGGCAUUGUUGAUAUUGUACAAAUGGUUCGACCAUAUUGGAACAUUGAGCUGAUUCCUGGGGAUCAAUACAGUACCAACCCCGACAAUGAUGGUCAGCCUGUAAGGGUUGACCAUCCAUCCCACAUUGUUGCUUAUUACUCGCUUGCUGGACAGAGAACAGAUCAUCCAGCGACUGUUUACCCGCUACCUCUGCCAGAUCUCUAGAGCCUGUAUAUAGUUCCACUUCUGUCCAAUAGGGAUCUUCUGCGCUUACACGCACUCUGCUCCACAUCUUGUUCAUACAGUUUUGACAUCUUCUUUCUUUGGAAAACGAAUUUGAUUGUUGAGACCAUUUUUUACAUUUUGCAGACAAUAAGGUUGUUUCUGAGCUGUUGUAUUCUUGUUGUAGUUAUUAGUAUCUUGAUCUCAUUCUCAUAUACACGAUGUAUUCUGUGUAUUCCAUCUCAUUGUUUGGCAUGCUGCAUUUUUUGGAGCAAAAAUGUUAAAAUUUGCCUAUUGAAUGCAGAGGUUUGUGGUGUCCUUGAGAAUAAAUAUUGUACUCCUUAACUAUAUAUGGAUGUAUACUUGCCUACUUGAUGCAUUGUGAAUCUGCACAAA